AGAUCCUCGCUUGUCUGUCUUUUUGCCACAUUCAUUAUUUUUUACAAUAAGAGUACAACAUUUCUUAUAAAAUAUCCUGAAUUACUCUGAAAUAGGCUAAUUAAAUCUGCCUUUCGGUCACUGUUGCUAAAUGUAUUGCGAUGGAUAAGCAACAGGUGCAUCUGACAGGACUUUUACUGGUUAAACAAGAUCAAGAAUUACUGGUUACGACAAAAAAGAAAAAAACACUAUAUUAUUUUGACUAUGGCUUUGAAUAAUUGUUGCACAAUUUUGUGCUGACAUGCUAAUCACAUGCAAAUGUAAAAUAUAUAGCACAGAUAACAGGGUCACGGCCCUUCGGGAAGUUCACAUUCCAACUGGGGCUAAAGUAACCACCAUUAGACAAAUACUUGCUCAUUCUUUCAGGCUGGACACUUCUCAGUUAACGCUUAAGAUGCGAAACAAUCGAGGAUCUCUAAUUCCAUUAAACUGCUGCAUGCCUCCAAACAGCAAGCAAAUGCCGUACAUCCUUGAAGUGGCUAAAAACUACCAGCAUGUCAACCCAAGACCCAGAAGUAUUCCCGACUUGAAUAAAACCUUGAAGUCUAGACUACAGAACAUUGUGAAACAGAUCGAAAGAUUAGAAGACCUGUUUCCUCAAAUCAAGCUAAAACACCAUGAAAAGAUGACAAAGGAGAUUGAGUUACUGAAUCAAAAGCUGGUAUUUCUUCACAAACGAAUGCAGACGUCCGAGUGCUAUUGCUGGGAGGGGAUGCUGAGAAGAGCUCCGCUGUGGUGAAUGAUGCUCAAUAAUGUACAGUAUAAGCACUGACUAACAUGACCAAUAACAUCUUAGAGUAGAAUCUGUCUGUUCUUCAGUUUUUGUUUAAAUCUAUAGAGAAUCGGAAUGAUUUUUCUUGUGGUGUGUAUCUCAUCAUUUAUUUUAUCUGUUUUUCAAUAUCACCUGGCCUCAAAAACACAUGUUUGACCUGUAAAUGACGUUAUGAAAUAUGUUUCGGAGUCGUUUUUCCAAUGUCUUUUAUCCAGUUGGUGUCCUAACAGUGUGACCACAUGUGAAGAGAAUCACAUUACAUGAUCCAUUAAGAUUUCAUAACCCACAAUCUAAUGUAAUGGCAUUCAUACGUUGCAGAUAAGUUUUGGCAUUACUAUAAUAUAUGCAAACAGAACAUUUCAAAUGUGUAAAGCAGUUUAUAAAGUUUGAAAACCCAUUGAAAGAAAAUGAAAAUUCUAUUUUUUUCAAAGUGCAUCAGCAUAUUGUGUAAGUAACCCUGGAUCACAAAACCAGUCACAAGUCGCACGGGUAUAUUUGUGGCAAUGGCCAACAAUACAUUGU